AUGGUUUUCCAGCAGGGAUUUGUGAUCUUAUCCGCACUGCUCGUGCUGGCAGCGGCGGCCCCUCAGAACCGUCCACCGAGUGCUGGAUCGCAACUGACUUCGAAGGAAUGGGAGCAGCUGGGAAACGCGAUCUCGGACAUUUUCGGAGUCGAUCCAGAUGGAGUUCCAAUCGAACAGGGCGAACAGCAGGAGGAUGGUAGCACGGAGCAGGACUCCGGUCGCUCGGAAAGGAUGCGGGAGUUUAUGGAACGUCAGCGAACCAACCCGUCCGAAGCCGGCCGGUUGGAAAAUAGUGAGGAACGGGAGCGUGAGGCGAUCGGCCGGGCUGAGGGUCGUCUUCCGGAGCGAGAGGCUCGCCGACAGAUGAACCGUGGGGCUCGCCGCGGAGGUCGACAGAACGAUCGCCAGCAGCUGGAAGAGCUCAGCCAGCAGAAGGAUUGCCAGUGGACGAAGGAAAAUGGGCAGAAAAAAGCGAAGGGAGAGUCGAAGGAUAAGAACUACAAUAAUUUCCCACUGUACGAGUUCUCCUACGGAGUGCACGAUCCGGAGACGGGUGACAAGAAGGAGCAGUGGGAAAAGCGAGUCGGUGAUCACGUGAAGGGAAAGUACUCGUUGGACCAGCCGGAUGGGAAAACACGGAUCGUGGAGUACGUCGCCGACGAUAAGAAUGGGUUCGAGGCGGUGGUGAAGCAGGUGGAUCAAAGCAAGCGAGGAAACGUGAAGUGGGGACACUCCGAGCUUAAUGUUGCCCAAAGUUAUAGUAAAUUGAAGAAGGUAGACUAA